AUGGAGAGCACAACCAACAGCACCAAGAUUAGAUAUUCCACGAUCAUAAACGGUUCCUGGUUUGAUCAAUUUCGCAAUGGCUCGAAUCCUUGGAUGGCUAGAUAUGCCUACAGCUUGAUGUUUCUCAUUACAAAUUUGCUUGCUUGGGCUGUUCGCGAUUAUGGACACAGUGCCUUAACAGAAAUGAAGCGACUAAAAGAAUGUGAAGGGGGAAAAGACUGCUUGGGUGCAGAAGGAGUUCUGAGAGUUAGCUUGGGAUGUUUCACUUUCUAUUUUGCAAUGUUUCUCUCUACGGCUGGCACUUCAAAGCUAGAUGAUAGUAGAGAAUGUUGGCACUCUGGAUGGUGGUCUGCCAAGAUUGCGAUUAAGGUCGCGCUGAUCAUAUUAUCCUUUCUUGUCCCUACGGAGUUCAUUUCACUAUAUGGGCAGCUUGCGCAUUUUGGUGCUGGGGUGUUUUUAGUAAUUCAACUAAUAAGCAUCAUCAGUUUCAUUACAUGGUUGAAUGAUUGUUGCCAGUCCGAGAAAUAUGCUGACAGAUGCCAUAUUCAUGUGAUGCUACUUGCAACAGCAGCUUAUGUUGUAUGCAUACUUGGGAUAAUUCUGAUGUACAUAUGGUACACGCCGCAGCCUUCUUGCCUUCUCAACAUUUUUUUCAUCACUUGGACUCUUGUGCUUCUCCAACUUAUGACCAGUGUCUCUCUUCACGCAAAAGUAAAUGCUGGCUUCGUGACUCCAGGAUUUAUGGGGCUUUAUCUGGUGUUCCUCUGCUGGUCUGCCAUCAGAAGCGAACCACCCGAAGAGAAAUGCAUUCAAAGAGCAGGAACUGCAACAAAAAGAGAUUGGCUAACCAUCAUAAGUUUUGUUGUUGCUGUUCUUGCAAUGGUGAUUGCAACAUUCUCAACCGGUAUCGAUUCUCAAUGCUUUCAGUUCAGGAAGAAGGAGAUACGAGAAGAAGAUGAUGUUCCUUAUGGUUAUGGAUUCUUUCAUUUCGUUUUUGCCACAGGAGCCAUGUACUUUGCAAUGCUCUUAAUUGGUUGGAAUACUCAUCAUACUAUGAAAAAGUGGACAAUUGAUGUCGGUUGGACCAGUACUUGGGUGAAGAUAGUGAAUGAGUGGCUAGGAGCCUGCAUUUACAUAUGGAUGCUCGUGGCUCCAAUCAUUUUGAAAAACAGACAAGCAGAAUCACCAACACCUUAA